UUCCUCUAGAUCUCUUGCCAUGGAGAACCAUAACCCUAAUUCCUGGUCGGACCUUCCUCUAGAUCUCUUGAAUUUGGUGUUUGAACGCCUUAGCUUUGCUAGUUUCCAACGAGCCAAAUCGGUGUGUUCGUCUUGGUACUCUGCUUCGAGACAAUGCGUGCCCAAAAAGCAGAUCCCUUGGCUGAUUCUCUUCCCCGAAGACAACAACAACAACAACAACAACAACAACAACAACAACAACAAUUCAUGCAAGUUGUUCAAUCCCGAUGAAAAACAAAAACUUUACAAAACGCAAGAUCUUGGUGUUGAAUUUGCAAAGAGUGUGUGUCUAGCAACCUAUGGAAGCUGGCUCCUUACGAGAGAUCCACGGUAUAAUCUCUACAUUUUGAAUCUUUUUACCCAAGAAAGGAUUGAUCUGCCAUCUGUAGAGUCACAACUUGGAAUAACAAAGAUCGAGCGAGGUUUAGAUGAUUGGUUUCACGUUUCUAAGGAUCACUUCCAAAGGCAGAUCAAAGAGCUUUGCAUCCGAUCCCCUGUGAUUUGGAUUGACGAGAAAACCAAAGACUAUAUAGUUCUUUGGGGACUUGGAGGUUUGUGUGUCCUUUAUUCCAAGAAAGGAGAUACCGCGUGGAAUCAGCUUCCGGAAAUUUCUCACUGUCUUCACAUGGUUUACAAAGAUCACAAGCUUUACUUCUCUAGCAGCGAAAAUAUUUUCACAAUCUUAAAUUUUUCUAGAGAGGUUCCUCAACAAAUUUUUCAAUGUGGUAUGGAUCUGUUAAUAAUUAGAAUGAGUCUAGGUCGUCGUUGUCAUCGGCUAAGUAAUUCAUGGUUUGUUGAUGAGACAAAACUUGUAGUCACAGUAACAGGAAAUGUCCUUAGGGUUCAAAGAAUGUUAAGACCUAGGUCUGGAAUCCAGUCAUUCCGUGUCUGUAAAGUUUUCCCCAAAUAUGAAGAAGUUGAUUCUUUGGGCGACGAGGCACUGCUUUUGGAUUUAGGUGUCACUGUGCUCGUCAAUGACAUUGAGGGGCUCAAAAGAAAUUGCAUCUAUCUCAGUGGUAGUCAUGGAAAGAAGAAAAAUGGUAUCUUUAUCUUUAAUUUCGAGACAAAAAAGAUGGAGUUGCUGCGAAAAUUUGAUUGUUCGUCAGUUCAACUCUCUAGAGCUCGAUGGUUCUUACCAAGUUUAACGCAUACAUGAUGAUGAGUUCUACUUUCUUCUUCAAAUAUGUUGUUUUUGGCUAAUGAAUAAUGAUGAUGUGUUGGUUUUUUAGUUGAUAUACAAAUCUAACUAACAAAUGUGUUGAUUACAAGAUCGAGACUUGGUUAGA